AUGACUCACACAAAAGUUUACCACACGGAGCAAAACUACCUCAAAGGUGCAAGAUCCGAGAAUGGGAGCAAGAAAACCAUAAGACCAGUGUGGGCUGUCAGAGGACUGCAUAAGUCUGCAGUGGAAGCCUUGAAGGGCCCUGCCCCGGAGGACACAGUCACAGCCAGCUAUGGGAAGUUCAUCAGUCAAGUAAAGCCCCAGAACUUGUCCUCCGUCGUGCUCCACCGCAGCAAAAGGAUGGUGCUUGACAGCAUUGGAGUUGGUCUGAUUGGCAGCACAACAGACGUGUUUGAGCUGGCCCUGCAGCACUGCUUGCACAUGUAUGCUCCUGAUGACAUCAGCUCUGUGUAUGGCCACAAGGGCACCAGACUCUCCCCGACACUUGCAGCUUUUGUCAAUGGAGUGGCUACUCACUCCAUGGAUUUUGAUGAUACAUGGCACCCUGCCACUCAUCCCUCAGGAGCAGUCCUUCCUGCUGUUUUAGCUCUCAGUGACAUGAUGCCUGCUAACAGCAAACCUAGUGGUCUGGAUUUCCUGCUGGCAUUCAACAUCGGCAUUGAGAUCCAGGGCAGAUUGAUGAGGUUCUCUAAUGAAGCCAACAACAUCCCCAAGAGGUUUCACCCUCCCAGUGUGGUGGGGACCAUGGGAAGUGCCGCUGCAUGUGCUCGCCUCUUGUCUUUAGAUCACUCCCAAUGCAGUCAUGCCCUGGCUAUAGCUGCUUCUCUAUCAGGAGCCCCAAUGGCUAAUGCAGCCACUCAGUCGAAACCACUCCACAUCGGUAAUGCCUCGCGUUUGGGCCUGGAGGCUGCUCUGCUGGCCUCCCGAGGCCUAGAAGGGAGUCCCCUAAUCCUUGAUGCUGUUGCUGGUGUGGCUGGCUUUAAUGCUUUUUAUGAAGACUAUGUGCCACAGCCUCUAGAAUCACCCAAUGAUGACGGCCAUUUGUUCCUGCUGGAGGAGCAGGACAUGGGCUUCAAGCGCUUCCCUGCCCAUCUGGGGAUGCAUUGGGUGGCAGAUGCUGCGGCCUCGGUCCAUAAGCUUCUUGUAGGCACUUUUUCUCCAGCUCAAGUCCAAAACAUCCUGCUCAGAGUACCCAAAUCAAAGUACAUUGACAGGCCAUUCCCUGACUCUGAGCAUGAGGCCCGCCACUCCUUCCAAUUCAAUGCUUGCAGCGCUCUGCUGGAUGGGGAGGUGACUGUGGAGUCCUUCUCACCCGCUGCCAUGAGUCGCCCUGACCUGCUCGCUCUGCUGAGCUGUGUUCACGUUGAGUAUCCCCAAGACAACCCAGCUAAUUUCAACAGCAUGUAUGGCGAAGUCCAGGUGACACUUGUUGGGGGUGACAUUCUCAAGGGACGCUGUGACACCUUCUACGGUCACUGGCGCGACCCGCUAACAAAUGAGAGCCUGAGGAAGAAGUUCAGAAACAACGCAGGGGCGGUGCUUCCCCCAGAGAAGGUCGAGAGGCUGAUUGAUGUGGUGGAGGAGCUGGACAGACAUAAGGACUGCAGGGUCCUUCUCUCACAACUGUAA